AUGAGUUUUGCUCACAAAACAGCCAUCAUCACUGGCGCUACCAGAGGCAUUGGACUCAACAUUGCACAAGCAUUUGCCAAACAAGGUGCUCGUACCAUUCUCAUUGGUCGUAAUAGUGAUCGCGUCAAGCACAUUGAAGACACCUUUCGAUCCACUUAUUCUGGUCAGGAGCAUCAAGGCAUUGUAUUGGAUGUAUCCAACAAAGACGCCAUAGACCAAGUAUUCAAGCAAACAUUGAAGGGUCAACAAAUUGAUUAUUUAAUUAAUGCGGCAGGUAUAUCCAGGGAUAAUUUACUGAUCCAAUUAAAGGACCAAGAUUUGCAAGAUAUCAUCAACACAAACCUGUUGGGCACGAUGAGAAUGAGCCAGCAUGUCACCAAAGCCAUGAUGCGAAAGAGAAAGGGAGGCUGCAUCAUCAACAUUUCCAGUGUGGUGGGUAUUCAUGGCAAUGUGGGUCAAUGCGCUUACAGUGCAUCCAAGGCAGGCAUCAUUGGGUUUACCAAGUCACUGGCAAAGGAAGUAGGGCCUGCCAAGAUUCGAGUGAAUGCCAUUGCACCUGGGUUCAUUGAUACGGACAUGACAGCGGAUAUCGCGGACAAGGACAAGAUACUCAAGCUGAUACCCUUGGGCAAGUUUGGCAGUGUGCAAGAUGUGUCAUUAGCAGCUCUGUUUAUCGCACAAUCCGAGUACAUUCAUGGCCAAGUGUUCGCAAACAAUCCAUUUGGAGACCAUUUGGUUGAGGAUUCGCCGUGGAUUGACCAACCCACUCCGCCCGUUGUUGGCCAUUCGCCUUACAAUCCCUUUACUGAUAACGCUACACAGCAGCAACAGCACACGGCAGAGAGUACAUUGCAUUAUUCUCCGUCAGAUUUGAUCAAUUCUACUACUGAUUUAAUCGACCUACAACAAACGAACCAUACCAGCAGCAGUUCCUCGCGUUCAGUGUCAUCGUCUCAUCCACAACAGCAACCAUCAUUUCCUAAUUUCACUCAGUUGACAGACCCUUCGCAGGUCAGUAUGCCGCAUUUCGUACAUGAAAGAGCUGGAAAGCAGAGAGACAUCUUUGAGGACCCAAAGAUUGAGGAUGAGGACAUGUACAGCCAACCACCGCCGCCACCACCACCUACGACCUUGGCAGCUGCAUCAUCGUCAUCCAAUGACCGCACAAUGAUACUAGCCACAGAUGGACCAGGCGAGUCUACAUCGCCAUACGCCCGUGCUAAUAUGCAAUUGCCCAAAAAGAGUAGACGAACAAGACGGCCCAUACGUCAAGUGAUAAAGGAUGCCUUUGCUGGCAUGACAGGUCGAACAUCCACCGUCUCUGGCAUUCCAGGCGAAAAUGGCGCUCGCAUCAUCCACAUCAACAAUGCACAACUCAAUGACGAGCAAAAAUUCUUGCACAAUCGAGUGACGACAGGCAAAUACAGCGUGCUCAGCUUUUUGCCAAGAUUUUUGUACGAAGAAUUCUCUAAAUAUGCUAAUCUUUUCUUUCUAUUCGUCUCUUGCAUUCAGCAAAUUCCUGACAUUUCUCCGACCUCAAGAUGGACUACCUUGGUACCCUUGAUCAUUGUAUUGUUCAUUACAGCAGUAAAGGAAGUGGUGGAAGAUUGGGGUGUGCACCGCUCAGAUGCUGAAUUGAAUUCUAAAAAGUGUAAAGUAUUGGAAGGCACUCAGUUUGUGGAAAAGACGUGGAAGGAUGUCAAAGUGGGCGAUGUAUUACGUGUGGAAAGUGGUGACAAUUUUCCUGCAGAUCUCAUCCUGAUCAGCAGUAGCGAACCAGAGGGUCUUUGUUAUAUCGAAACCAGUAAUUUGGAUGGUGAAGUCAACCUCAAGAUCAAACAAGCGCUACCACAGACAGCCACCAUCUUGAAUCCCACAGACAUGAGUCGACUGCAAGGUGUCAUCAAGUCGGAACAACCCAAUAACAGAUUAUACAACUACGAUGGUGCCAUCUCAUUGACGGCAUAUGGCAGUAACCACCGUGAUGUGCCAUUGGAUCCUUCGCAAAUCUUGUUGCGAGGGGCUCAGUUGAGAAACACACAGUGGAUUUACGGUAUCGUUGUCUUUACUGGCCAUGAAACAAAGCUCAUGUUGAACUCCAGCAAGAAGCCUUCCAAGGUCUCCAACGUCACUCACAUCACUAAUCGCAAUAUCAUGUACUUGUUUUGGAUCUUGGUAGGCAUGAGUAUUGCAGGCGCCAUUGGUGGUGUCUUGUUUACCAUGUACAAGGGAGAACAGGCGAGCUACUUGCCCAUUCACACGUGGAGCCUUGGACAGGAAUUUGGUUAUGACAUUUUGACAUUUCUCAUCUUGUUCAACUCGUUCAUCCCGAUCAGUUUGAUGGUGACCAUGGAAGUCGUCAAGUUUAUUCUGUCCUACUUGAUUGAAUCGGACCUUGACAUUUACUAUGAAAAGACGGAUACACCUGCCACUGCUCGCAGCAGUAGUUUGAUCGAAGAACUGGGGCAAGUCAAGUUUAUCUUUUCGGAUAAAACGGGUACUUUGACAUGUAACGAAAUGCAGUUCCGUCAAGUUUCUAUUGGCGGCUUGUUUUAUGCAGAUCAAGUAGACCCUGACAAGGCUGCAAGAGAAGGCUCGGAUGACCCCACCAUGCAGUACAAUUUCAGCCAGUUGCAAGAACAUUUAAACACGCACACCACAGCCAAUGUCAUCAACGAAUUCUUGACCUUGUUGGCUGUCUGCCACACGGUCAUUCCAGAAAGACAAGAAGACUCGGAUGAAAUCAUCUACCAGGCUUCCUCUCCUGAUGAAGGUGCGCUAGUCAAAGGUGCUGCCACGCUCGAUUACAAGUUUCAUACGCGUCGUCCCAACUCCAUCACCUGUACUAUUCGUGGUCAAGAACAAGAGUUCCAGGUACUGAACAUCUGUGAGUUCAAUUCCACGCGUAAACGUAUGUCUGCUAUUGUUCGUGGUCCUGAUAACCGCAUCAAGCUCUACUGUAAAGGUGCUGACACAGUUAUUCUGGAACGUCUUGCCCCUGAUAACCCAUUUGUGGAGCCUACAUUGAUCCAGUUGGAGGAAUGUGCCUCUGAAGGUCUCCGUACACUGUGUAUUGCCAUGAGGGAAAUUUCUGAAGAGGAGUAUGCUCGCUGGUCUCAAAUCCAAGAGGCCGCUGCUACGACACUGGUAAAUCGUGCUGAGGAACUGGAUAAGGCUGCUGAAAUCAUUGAAAAGGACAUGUUUCUGUUGGGUGCCACUGCUAUUGAGGAUCGCCUUCAAGACGGUGUGCCAGAUACGAUCCAUACAUUGCAAGAAGCAGGUAUCAAGGUGUGGGUGCUGACCGGUGAUCGUCAAGAGACUGCCAUCAACAUUGGCUACUCUUGCAAACUCUUGAACGAGGAUAUGAGUUUGAUUGUGUGUAAUGAAGACAAUCACUGGGAGACCAAGAGCUUUUUGGAAAGAAAACUGCGUGAUAUUAACGAGGUGAUUAUGCGUGGAGAAGACAUGGAGCCCCUAGCGCUGGUCAUUGAUGGCAAGGCAUUGACAUUUGCACUGGAAAAAGACAUUGAAAAGGUGUUUUUUGAUUUGUCGGUGCUUUGUAAGGCUGUUGUGUGUUGUCGCGUCUCGCCACUGCAAAAGGCGUUGGUUGUGAAGUGUGUAAAGAAGUUUGAUACCUCCAUCUUGCUGGCGAUCGGUGAUGGCGCGAAUGAUGUCUCUAUGAUUCAAGCUGCUCAUGUGGGUGUGGGUAUCAGUGGCGUGGAAGGUCUCCAGGCUGCUCGCAGUGCAGACUUCGCCAUCUCACAAUUUAGGUUUUUGAGGAAACUAUUAUUGGUGCAUGGCGCAUGGGCAUAUCAACGCAUGAGCAAGAUGAUUUUCUACUACUUUUACAAGAACGUGGCAUUGUACUUGACGCAAUUCUGGUAUGCUUUUUACAAUGGCUUCUCUGGCUCCACCUUGUACGAAUCUUGGACCAUGUCAUGCUUCAAUGUCAUCUUCACAUUUUUGCCUCCGCUUGUCAUUGGCAUCUUUGAUCAAAUUGUAUCCUCUCGCAUGUUGGAUAAAUACCCUCAAAUGUACAUGCUCGGCCAAAAGAACGUAUUCUUUAAUCAAAAGAAAUUCUGGGGCUGGAUUGCCAAUGCUACAUUUCACUCUGUGAUCUUAUUCUUUUUAGGUGUGGGUGCUUUUAGAACAGAAGGUGUAUUCAAAAAUGGAUUACUAAGUGGUCAAUGGUGGGCAGGCGCUGCUGUAUUCACGGGUGUACUAGGAUGCAUCUUGUGGAAAGGUGUUCUGAUUAUAGAUUUCUGGACAAUGUAUACGGUGAUCUCUAUGAUAGCAUCGAUGGCCGUCUGGUUCCUGUACCUUAUCAUUGUUGCUUAUAUUGGCCCCGCAAUCUCGGUAAAUGUUUUACCUGAAUAUUAUGGCAUGGUACCCAUGCUGUGGGGAAAUGUGAAUUUCUGGUUAUUCUUGCUGAUUGUGCCCUUUAUUUGUAACCUGCGUGAUUUUGUGUGGAAAUACGGUCAACGUGUCUUUUGGCCAAUGCCAUACCAUCAUGUACAAGAGAUUCAAUACUAUAAUUUGCCCGACUAUCGACCUCGAAUGGAUCGCUUUAGACAAGCAAUGAACAAGGUGCGACGCAUCCAGAGAUUGAAGCGCAAUCGUGGCUAUGCUUUCUCUCAAAACGAGACGGAUCAAACCAAGAUUAUUCGUGCUUAUGAUACAACUGUACAGAAACCAUCGGGUUAA